GUCCAUGCCUGAGUCAUCUACCCCUCCAUUUAUACCCACACUCUUGUGCUUCUACGACAUAUUACUGCAGUAAUCAGAUUGCACGAGCUCUUUGUUCAAUAAUUACUCUCCAAUCUUCUCAAAUAUUUCACAUAAUGGCAUCUUCAAGUACUUCCAGUGCGCGCACUGGGUCCAUCCAGUCACAUGAUAGCCCCAAGGACGUGCUGCGAAGCAAGGCCGACCCUAACGCAGCCCUAUAUGAAGCUCAGCCCAUGGCUAUCAACGCCGAGCCAGGAGCUCGAGACACCUUUUCUCUUCGGAGUAUGCAGCACAAGGAUCGUGAGGGAAAGGUUAUUACCGACCCUGACCUCUCCAACCCCACGCGAAACCGCCUCGAGCGACCGCUGGAUACGAUUCGAGGCUUCGAAGCGGCCAUUGAAUCUCAUCGCAAGCACAAUCGAAUGUGAAAUGGCUCGAAAGAAUAACGGAAAGAUCUAGACCGAGAUCGAAACGAACGGAUGUUAAUGAUAAUAAUGCUUUCUUGUUGACAAAGGACCCGGAAUGUAUGAGUAUCGUCUUGUUGUGAUUAUGUAGAGCUCCUCGGGAUUUAUGCAAAUGAACACAUCUUUUUUUCUACCCUCUA